AUUGCUGACGUUGACCUCUGGGCCCGGAAUGCUGGGUAAAGAUGGCGGCGGCCAGGUGCUGGAGGUUCCCGCUCCGAGGUGCUGGGCUGUCACUGCACACCGCGGCCAAGGCCGCCGUUACAGCUCCAGAAGUGACCGGCCCAGAUGUCCCGGCAACCCCAGUCGCGCGCUACCCGCCUAUCGUAGCCUCCCUGACGGCCAAAAGCAAGGCGGCACGGCAGCGGCGAGUGGAGCAAUGGCAGGCGACAGUGCACGCGGCCAAGUCAGUGGACGAGAAGCUGCGAAUCCUCACCAAGAUGCAGUUCAUGAAGUACGUAGUUUAUCCGCAGACCUUCGCCCUGAACGCCGAUAACUGGUACCAGAGCUUCACCAAGACAGUGUUCCUGUCGGGCCUGCCGCCAACGCCCGCCAAGCUGGAGCCAGAGCCCACCCUGGACAUAACGGCUCUGCGCGAGGCCGUUUGUGACUGCCUCCUGCAGGAGCAUUUCUUCCUGAGGCGCAAGAAGCGCGCGCCUGUCAUCCAGGACCGUGAGGCCAUCGCUUCGCCCUUCCUGGACCAAUUGGUAGCCUCUCUCACGGGCCUGCUCAGCGUGCACAACCCGGUCCUGGCUGCCGCCGCCCUGGAUUGUAAACGCCCAGUUCACUUUUUCUGGUUGCGUGGUGAAGAAAUUAUUCCUCGUGGUCAUCGGAAGGGUCGAGUUGAUGCUUUGCGAUACCAAAUAAAUGAUAAACCGCACAACCAGAUUCGAAUAUCCAGACAACUCCCUGAGUUUGUGCCACUGGAUUAUUCUAUACCUAUAGAAGUCCCUGUUAUGAGUUGUAAGCCAGACAAACUUCCAUUAUUCAAACGGCAAUAUGAAAAUACCAUAUUUAUCGGUUCAAAGACAGCAGAUCCUCUCUGUUAUGGACAUACCCAGUUUCAUCUGCUACCUGACAAAUUAAAAAGGGAAAAGCUUUUGAAACAAAACUGUGCUGAUCAGAUCGAAGUUGUUUUUAGAGCUAAUGCUAUUGCAAGCCUUUUUGCUUGGACUGGAGCACAGGCUAUGUAUCAAGGAUUCUGGAGCGAAGCAGAUGUUACUCGGCCUUUUGUCUCCCAGGGUGUGAUCACAGAUGGAAAAUACUUCUCCUUUUUCUGCUACCAGUUAAAUACUUUGGCAUUGACUGCACAAGCUGAUCAAAAUAAUCCUCGUAAAAAUAUAUGUUGGGGGACACAAAGUAAGCCUCUUUAUGAAACAAUUGAAGAUAAUAAUGUGAAAGGUUUUAAUGAUGAUGUUUUACUUCAGUUAGUUCAAUUUUUACUGAAUAGACCAAAAGAAGACAAAUCACAGCUGUUGGAAAACUAAGAACAAACAUUAGAUUCAGGACUUUGGGAGUACUUAAAUUUCACUGAAGGAAAAAUAAAAGGAAAUUUGAUAAUAAGAUUUCCAUCAAAUAGUAAAUGCAUUUAUUUUGAGAUGUAUUUAUUAUGUUCACUGUGAUUAGACCUCUCAUUCUGCUCAAAAUACAUCACUAAAAGAUUGAAUUUUAGGUAUGCUAUAUUGAUCUAAAAAUACUUGUAUUUUUAUAUGAUUGGUGAGACUGACCAGUCUUCAACACCUAAUAUUAAUUGUGUCUGUGUGUGUGUGUGUGUGUGUGUGUGUGUGUAAGCUCAUACUAUUCACUUCAUGACAGGCCAAUAAGUCCAGAGACAAGGUGAUGGCACAAGGCAAAAUGACUUUAUUCAAAAGCCGGUGGACUGAGAAGAUGGAGGACUAAUGUCUUAAAUUACCAUUUCAAUUUGGGGUAGAAUUCUAGCUUCUUGGAGGCUAGGGAAGAGGGAAGCAGGGCACCUGAUCAGCUUGUGGACUUCUGAUUGGGUCAUGGUGAGGUAACCAGGUGGUAUUUUGGGAGUCAACAUCAUCAGCCUUCUGAUUCUAACCGAUCUGUGGUCUAUGUACUAGGGGUCAUCAUGUAGUUAACUUUUUCUACCUGGUGGGGGUUUUAGUAUCUGCAAAACAACUGAAAGAUACAGCUCGGGAUAUUAUAUAUAGCCCUUGAGGAGGAAGUACAAAUCUUUGUUUUGUGGUUAAACUAUUAUUUUGUCUUGCUUGACUGCUUUCCUUUGCUUCUGCACUGUCUCAUUUCUCUGAUUAAAUUUGCUUUGGAGCUCAGGGAAGGCCUCGGUGGCAAAAGCUUUUCUAUAAACAGGAGGUGUAGGGAAUAUGGGGAUUUUGUGCCCUGGAAGUCUCCACAUGGUCCUGGUCAGUUUCAUGUUUUUUUAUUAUUAUUUUAUUAAAGUAUAGUUGAUUAACAGUGUUCCUUCAGUUUCUGCUAUACAGCAAAGUGACCCAGCCACCCAUACACACCCAUAUUUUUCAUUUUCCAUCAGGUUCUUACCCAAGAGACUGAAUACAGUUCCCUGUGCUAUACAGCAGGACCUCAACUCCCAUCUGUUCUAAAAGUAACAGCCUGCAUCUACCAACCCCCAGACUCCCCUGUCAGUCUCCCCACUUCCCUCCCUCCCUGCAAACACAGGUUUGCCCUCCACAUCCAAGAUCUGUUUCAUAGAUAGAUCAUCUGUCUUAUUUUAGACUCCACAUAUAAAUGAUAUCAUAUGGUGUUUGUCUUUUUCUGACUUACUUCCAUUAGUAUGAGAAUCUCUAGUUCCAUUCGUGUUGCUGCAAAUGGCAUUAUUUUGUCCUUUUUAUGGCUGAAUAGUAUUCCAUUGUGUGUAUGUACGAUAUCUUCUUAAUGCAUUCAUCUGUUGAUGGACAUUUAGGUUGUUUCCAUGUCUUGGCUAUUGUGAACAGUGCUGCAGUAAAUAUACAGGUGCAUGUAUCUUUUUGAAUGAAAGUUUUGUCCAGAUAUAUGCCUAGGAGUGGGAUUGCUGGAUCAUAUCAGUACUCUAUGUUUAGUUUUCUGAGGUACUUCCAUACUGUUUUCCAUGCUGGCUAUACCAACUUACAUUCCCACCAGCAGUGAAGGAGGUUUCCCUUUUCUACACAUCCUCUUCAGCAUUUGUUGUUUGUUGACUUCUUAAUGAUAACCACUCUAAGUGGUGUGAGGUGGUACCUCAUUGUAGUUUUGAUUUGCAUUUCCCUACUAUUUAGCGAUGUUGAGCAGCUUUUUUUCAUGUGCCUGCUGGCCAUUAUAUGUCUUCUUUGGUUAUUUGCCAAUUUAGGUCUUCUGCCCAUUUUUCAAGGGUUUUUGUUGUUGUUGUUGUGGUUGAAUGAGUUGUUUGUAUAUACUGGAGAUUAAAUCUUUGUCAGUUAAAUCAUUUGCAAAGAUUUUCUCCUGUUCUGUGGUUGUCUUUUUUUUUUUUUUUAAUUGUUUUCUUUGCUGUGCAGAAACUUUUGAGUUUAAUUAGGUCCCACUGGUUUAUUUUUGUUUUUAUUGUCAUUACUCUAGGGUGGAUCAAACAAGAUGUUGCUGUGAUUUAUAUUAAAGACCAUUCUGCCCAUUUUUUCCUCUAGGAGUCUUAUAGUAUCUGGCCUUACAUUUAGGUCUUUAAUCCAUUUUGAGUUUAUUUUUGUGUAUGGUGUUAGAACAGGGUGCCUGAUUCCCGUAGUUCUAUUUUUUUCUUUUCAAUAUUGCUUUUGCUAUUCAGGGUGUUUUGUAGUUCCAUACAAAUUUUAAAAUAUUUUGUUCUAGUUCUAAAAAGAAUGUCAGUGGUAAUUUGAUAGAGAUUACACUGAAUUUGUAGAUCGCCUUAGUAUGGUCAUUUUGACUAUAAUGAUUCUUUUUUUUUUUUUUUUCCCCUUGGUCUUUUUGCCUUUUCUAGGGCUGCUCCCGUGGCAUAUAGAAUUUCCCAGGCUAGGGGUCGAAUCGGAGCUGUAGCUGCCAGCCUAUGCCAGGGCCACAGCAAUGCGGGAUCUGAGCCACGUCUGUGACCUACACCACAGCUCAUGGCAAAGCUGGAUCCUUAACCCACUGAGCAAGGCCAGGGAUCGAACCCGAAACCUCAUGAUUCCUAGUCAGAUUCCUUAACCACUGAGCCACAACAGGAACUCCUAUAAUGAUUCUUCUAAUCCAAGAGCAUAGUGUAUCUUUACAUCUAUUUGUGUCAUCUUUGCUUUCUUUCAUCAUCUUACAGUUUUCAGAGUACAGGUCUUUUGUGUCUUUAGGUAGGUUUAUUCCUAAGUAUUUUAUUCUUUUUUUGGCAAUGGUAAAUAGUAUGAUUUCCCUAAUUUCUCUUUCUGAUCUUUCAUUGUUAGCAUAUAGAAAAAUGCAGUUGAUUUCUGUGUAUUGAUUUUAUGUCCUGCAACUUUACCAAAUUCAUUGAUGAGCUCUAACAGUUUUCUGGUAGUUCUUUAGGAUUUUCUAGGUAUAGUAUCAUGUCAUCUGCAAACAAUGAUAGCUUCGUGUCUUCUUUUCCAAUUUGGAAUCCCUUUAUUUCUUUUUCUUUUCUUAUUGCCAUGGCUGGAAUUCCAAAACUAUGUUGAGUAACUUUGGUGAAAGUGGACAUCCUUGUUUUAUUCCUGAUUUUAGUGGAAAUGCUUUUAGUUUUUCACUUUUGAGAAUGAUGUUAGCUGUGUGUUUGUCAUAAAGGGCUUUUAUUAUAUUGAGAUAGUUCCCCUCUAUGCCCACUCUCUGGAGAGUUUUUAUCAGGAGUGGGUGUUGAAUUCAUGUGGUUUUAAAAAUAGCAUAAAGAUAGUAAUUCAGAUGUUUGAGAAUAUUUAGAUGUUUUGUUGUAUUUUUUCUUUAAUUUUUUUUUUAUAAUAGCAUAGCAUAGGGUUUCAAAACCCUACACAAACCCCUUUAAAUCAGGAACAAUAUUAUGCACAUAGAGGAAUUAAAGUGACUUUAGCAAGGUUUCACAGAUUAAUAAUAAAACUGAUGCAUUAUAUGUAGCUUAGCUAGAAUAAUAUAGGUAAGCACUCAAAAGUUUGUUGAAUAGAUGCGAAUUAAUGAACUUAAGAUAGUCUUUCUAGUUUGAAACUGCAUAUACUUAUUUAUUUGUACUUUUUCUGUCUCAACAAAGCUAAAGUUGUCUUUAUGCAGAGUUCUACACAUUUCAUAUUUAUGUGUGAAUUUUUGUGUAAUUGUGAAUUAAUUUUUUCAUUUUAAUCGUAUUUUUUAUCACUUUGAAAAAUAGCUUGGAGUUCCUGUUGUGGCUUAGUGGCUUAAGGACCCAGGGUUGUUUCUGUGAAGAUAUGGGUUUAAUUCUUGGCCUUGCUCAGUGGGUUAAGGAUCCUGCAUUGCCACAGGCUGUGGUAUAGAUCACAGAUGUGUCUGGGAUCCAGUGUUGCUAUGCCUUUGGUGUAGGCUGGCAGCUGCAGUUCUGAUUUGACCCCACUUCUUACCUCACAGUUUCUUUGGGUCAGGAGUUGAGCCAUGGCUUAACUGGGUCCUCUGCUUCAGAGUAUCUCACAAGGCUGCAAUCAAAGUAUUGGUCAGAGGAAGGAUGUCAUCAAAAUCUCAGGUAGGGAAAGAUCUGCUUCACAUUUAUGUAGUUGCUAGCAGGUUGUUGGACUGAGGACCUCAGUCCUUACUGGCUUUUGGGUUGGGACAUCCUUCAAUUCCUUGUCUUAUGGGCCGCUCCAUUAAAGCUGUUUAUAGCACAUCCUAUAGAGUCUGCAGGCAAGGUUAUUGGUCAGAAGCCAAGUCAGUAUGUCCAGUCCUUAAUCAAGGAGAGGGGAUUGCACAGGGGCAUGAAUAGGAGGAGGUGUGAAUCAUUGGGGACCACCUUAGAGUCUGCCUACCAAGAGAUUAUAAACACCACUGAAGAGAGAAUUACUGAAUUGCAAAGUCAGAAUAAAAUAUCUACAGUGAAUGUUGUCUUUAUUAACUUUGCUACACUGCCAUCACCAGUAAAGUGGAGUUGGUAUUUACCCAUGCCUGGAAACAAUGGAAAUAGUGUGGAGGAAGGAUAAAUAAGGAUAUAUAUGUUAAUUAAAUAUAAGAGCUUAGAAAUAAGGAGACUACUAGGGAAGGAAAUGAAGGAUCAAACUAGGUAUUUGGAAUCCCAUUUGUUCUCGUUCUGGGUGUCACUGGAUAGCCCAUCUGUAGUGCUCUCUUUAAUGAUCUUUAUGUAAGUUGUGGCUUAGUUGAUAUUUUUGAUGUUGAUUAAUAAUAUGCCAGUGGGUAAUCAGUGGAAAUGUGUGUCUAUAAACUGCUAGCUAUUGCACACAACAUUUUAUCUUACUUUCUUUUUGCACAGGAUUUUCAAGGUACAAAAACAUCAUAUUUCUGAGAAUUAUACAGUUCUCUUUUAUAGGUGCUCAUUUUAAAAUUGGCCAUUCUUCAUAAGAGGGUGAUAUUUGUAAAUGUAUUUGAAAUUAGAAUAAAUUUCAGGAGUUCCCAUUGUGGUGUAGUGGAAAGGAAUCUGACUAGUAUCCAUGAGGACACAGGUUUGACCCCUGGCCUUGCUCAGUGGGUCAGAGAUCUGGCAUUGCCGUGAGCUGUGGUGUAGGUGGUAGAUGUGGCUUGGAUCCUGUGUUGAUGUGGCUGUGGUAUAGGCUGGCAACUGUAGCUCUGAUGCGACUCCUAGCCUGGGAACCUCCAUAUGCCACGGAUGCAGCCCUAAGAAGCCAGAAAAAAAAAGAAAUAAAUUUCAAUAAAUGUUUAAAUGUCCAAAAAAACAACAUGACAAGAGCUACAGGCCAAGACCCAGUUUUAGUUUAUCUCAGAUGUUCUAUCUUUGUUCAGUUUAGUUAUAAUUGAAAAUCUCUUUAAUAUGGAAACAGCAAUUUGAAAAACCAAGUUACCUGCAACUUCAAUUAGCAAAGCCCUAUGUAAACUAAGUUAUUAUAAUAUUUCUCCUUUUUAAGGAUUCAUAAACUUAAUGUUCAAAUCAGUUGCAUAUGAGUUUGAAGAUUAUCUCUAGCUAGAUUCAUGUUGAAUAAGAUCCAGGAACUUUCUUCAUAAUUUGAAUAGAUGCACAGGCAGCUAGGAAGAAAUAAGAAAGCAUAUGGUGAAUAAAUUUCUUAAUGCCAGGUACUACAUUAACAUUAAAACAGUCAACCUUUAGCAUCCACAUUCAAUUCAAACUCAGUGACAUUGUGUAGUUACUUAUUGUGGACCACCCAAGGGACCUAUAGAUGAGUAUCUAUUCCUCUGAGAAACAUUCCUCUAUAGAAGUAUCCAGUAUGAAUUUAUCAAACUGUAUCCUAUUUCAUUAAUAAAUUUUAUCCACUUAGAUUAAGAAUGGACGAACUUUUGAUUUAGUGUAGAAAAUCAGAUUUUCAUAUUGUUUUAUGUUUCAGUUUCUUUUAAUCUGUAGAAUAUAAUAUUAUUUUUAUUUUUGUUUCAAUGUGAAAUAUAUAAUCAUUGUAUGAAUUUUUUUUGGGGGGGGCACACCCAUGGCACAUGGAGUUUCCCAGGCUGGAGGUCUAAUCUGAGCUACAGCUGCCGGCCCACACAACAGCCACAGCAAUGCCGGAUCCUUAACCCACUGAGCAAGGCCAGGGAUCAAGCCCUAGCAACCUCAUGGUUCCUAGUCGAAUUCGUUUCUGCUUCGCCACAAUGGGAACUCCCGAUUGUACAAAAUUUGAAAAACAGAAGUGAAAAAGAUAAUCUCACACUGUUAACAUUUUGGUCUGUUGCCUUUACUCUAUGCAUCUUUAUGAUAUUUUACAUUUUUUAGAUCAUACAGUAGUUCAUACAUGUUUUUAUAUUUGUAUCUCAUGAUCCUCUACCAAAUUAAUAUAGAGGUCUAUAAAUAGUCUUUGGGGGUAUUUUGAAAAGUGAUUAUACACUAAAAGGGAAAUACUUCAGCAUGAAAUUUCCGUAAUAUUAAGUUCACAUUCAUUUGUAGGGGGAAAAGAAUAACAGGUUUUUCAAUUAUAAAACACUCGAGUAUGAUAAUUAUUUAGGAUUAGCUAGUGUGGGUGUAAAUAUAUUUAAUUUGGAAUGGAAUAGUUCACAAGUACACAGAUGAUUAAAUCCUGGCUUUCAAUGUAUUUGCAAGUUUGCCAUAUCUCACCACCUGAGUAUGAUUCAUAAUUGGAAAAAUAAAAGAUCUCUGUAUCUGGAAAACCCUAAAGGAAGUAAAAAUAUCUGUACAGUUUUCCUCUGGUAAAGCAUAAUGUGUUGCAACCUUUGGAACUAGAGUUUUAAAUGUCAUUUAAAAGAACAAUGCUAGAAAAUUCUUUCUAACUUUCAUGCUACCUGAAAAUGUAAACAAGUUUUAGGAUCAGUUUGAAUGGCUGGCUCUGAAAGUCUAGGUUGAGUUCUUGCUAAGUGCCUUAGGACCAAUCAGGUUUUUCUUGAAUUCAAUUCCUUUAUCUAAUAAAUGGAGGAUUAGACAAAAGAACUUCACAAUCCUUCCCAGCUCUGAUACACGAUGAAUCAUUCCUUCUAAGCCUGUCACAUGUGAUUUGGCAUUAACAUUGUUUUUUAAAAUUUCUUUUUUAAACUUCCUUUUUCCAAAUGACAAAAUGGUAAUAUUCUUAAGAACUAAGGAGUUGUGUGGGGUCUAGCUUGCCCGUUCACUGAAUUUCCUCAGUUAUGAUGUUUCUCUUUCAUACUUUUUUCCCACAGCACUAUUCGCUAAGAGAGAGACUCAUAAACUUUUAGAAUAAAAGGAAAUGUAAGGUUCAUCAGCUUCAACUCACUGUUCAGUGCUCAAAUAUCCUCUAAAACAUUUGCAGCAAAUAGUCACUCCCCCUGUGCCUAAAGAGUAACAAUUUAUUACCUCCCAAGGCUGCCAUUUUCUAAGUUUGUACAGUACUUAUUACUGGACGAUGUUUAUUUUGAGUUGAAUAUAGCUUUUAAGAUUAUUUGGAUAUCUUUUCCAUUUCUUUUUAUCAGGUUCAAGUACAAUGUUUUUAGCAUCUUAUUAUGUUCUUGAGUUAAUUUUUUUCCACUGAAGUUUUGAUGCUAAUACUUUCUCUGAAAUUUUGGAAAUCUAAUUCUCCAAGUCUCAAAUAUUACAAUGUUCAACUCUUCCCAACUUGGCCAACAGUAAUCAGAGGAUUUUCAUUGCCUGCAAAGAUGAAAAACAGUAAUACCCAGUGUCAUGAAAGGGAUGACAAAGGAGUUACUCUUGCAUUUUCUAGAAGUUUGCAUUGCUGUAGCUGUUUAUGGAGAGCUCCUUUGCCAUAUGUAUCAUGAGUCUGAAUCCUUUGACCUAGCAAGUCCAUGUAUAGAAAUUUGUCCUAAAUAAAACUACAAGAUAACUGCACAAAGAAAUACCUGCAGUAGUCGUUUCAUUGCUGUUUAUAAUAGCAAACACACCCCCACACCCCCUCCCAAUGCAACCCUAAACCUAAUUGUUACUUUUAAAUUGGAAACAAUCUAAUUGUUCAACAAUAAGGGAUUGGUGAAAUAAUUUUUUUUUCAAUUUUUAUAAAAGGAGUAGUGCAUUAGUUUCCUAGAGCUGCUGUAACAAAUUACCACAUACUUAGUUUAAAAUGACAGAAAUUUAUUCUUUUACACUUCUGGAGGCCAGAAGUCCAAAAUCAAGGCUUGGCGGAGUCAUGUUCCUUCUGAAAGCUUUAGGGGAGAAUAUUUCACUGUUUCUUCUAGCUUCUGGUGGCUCCUGCAUUGCUUGAUUUGUGACAACAUAACUCCCGUUUCAGCUUUGUCUUCACAUGGCCUUCUUCCCAAUGUCUGUGUGUGUUCUCUCCUUUUCUCCCAAGGGUGCCAGUGAUUGGAUUUAAGAUGAACAGGAUGAUUUCAUCCUCAAGAUUUCAGGUGGAUAUGAAUUGGGGGGGGGGAGUAACUAUUCAACCCAUGACAAAUACCAUAAAACUACUUAAAAUGAUAACAUGGAUACUCACUUGCUCAUAUAAUAUUUUGUAGGAACAGGCACAAGUUCCCAUUACAUUUUGGGGAAUUCUUAUUUUAAUAAGUCUAUCAACAUUAAGCUUUUAACAAAUAUCAACAUGUAUAGUAUUAGGUGUUGAGUUGUGGCUCCACCCCCAAGUCAAAUUAUACUGAAGUCAUUACUCCUCGUACCUCAUUGUGUGAACUUGUUUGGCGUCACUACAUGUACAGUCUGUUAAGACGAGGUCAUGCUAGGAUAAAGUGGGCUUUUAAUCUGAUAUGACUGGUAUCCUUACAAGAAGAGACAAAGACAGAAGGGAGAAACCAUGUGGCAACAAAGGCAUGUUGAAGUGUUGCAACUGCAAGCCAAAGGAUGCCAGAGAUUGCCAGUAAACCACCAGAAACUAGGAAGAAGCAAAGAAGGACUCUCCCCCAAAGUUUCAGGGGAACACUGGCUCUGCCAACACCUUGAUUUUGGACCCCUGGCCUCCAGAACUGUGACAUAAUAAACUUCUACAGUUUUAAGCCACCUAGUUUGUGGCACUUUGUUUUGGCAGCCCUAGUAAAUCAAUACAGGUACAGUUGACCUUUGAACAACAAGAUAGGGUUAGGCCUGCCUGCCUUUUGAACAGUCUAAAAUCAUAGUGUAACUCUAGAGUUGGCCCUCCACGUACACUGUUCUGCAUGCUUGGAUUCAGCCAACUGCAGUUCCAAUAGCACUGUACUGUCGUAUGCAUUUACUGGAAAAAAAAUCAACUUAUGAAUGUACCCAUACAGUUUGAACCUGCAUUGUUCCAGGGUCCACUGUAGUUAAAAAAAAAAAGAAAAAGAAAAAAUCUGAGCUCUGAGAACAGGAUUUUUGAAUUCUAAAAGCCUCUGCCAAUAACAAGUUUUUUGAAACUUUGAUUGCUGUUUUCAUCAUAUAUGCUGUUUUCUUGGUCCUUGAGAUAACUUUCAGCCUAGAAAUGUGGCUUUAAACUGAAGUUUGUUUAAAGCUAGAGAAGAAUGUCUUGGAAUUCCACAACCAAGAUAGCAAUUUUGAGGAGGAUUGAAAUUUUCCUAGAUUGAGUGUAGUACCAACUGGAAUCUUCCCUGAUCUGAAAUUUCAGUAACUUUAUCAAAAAACUAAACCUUACACUAAGAGCAAUUGAUGGGUUAUAGUCCAAUAGAAUCAGUCUCUAUGCCAGGAAAGUGCUCCAAUUUUCAGUACAGGUAAGAUUUAAAGACAGAACUCACUGUCUCUUUCUCACAGUCUCUUCCACAACCUUCUCAUUUUGUUGAAAUUACUUUUCCUAUGUAGUUGAUGGUGGAUUAGCUAUUAGAUAGUUUUCUAAAAUAUCCAGAAAACCAAAGUAGAAAAAUUUCCAAAUGUAGUAUCUGGGAGAGAAAAAGGGAGCAACACAAAACACUAGAUGGAGAUAAUUGUUUACAAUGAAAUAAAAGUAGCAGAUUACUAGUUCUAGCAACAUGGUAGACUAAAGCAUCAACCACUUUCUUCCUUCAUUCUCUAUUACAGAUUCUUUAAAAAGAGUUAUAACACAAAAGAAGUUAAAAGUAUGGUUGAGCUGGAAGGACAGAAGGCGCUCUAUGUGGGAACCAAUUAGUACACUCAAAGCCAGAGCAGUGAUCUCUGAGUAGUGCUUCUGCAGCCUGGGUGAUUUCAUGCCUAGAUCUAGGCUGUGGAGGUUGAGCAUCUUUACAUUUGCUUGGGGAAAGGAGGCAUAGACAUGGCUAAAGGCUCUUGAGCUCAGAUACUGGAAAACAGCUCCAGCCUUCAACCCCAGUUUAUUAUCCGAUUCCUCCAAGAGGCCCCCGUGAAAGGAACCAGAAGAAAGGCAGUCCACAGAAAAUAAAGCAUUGGCCAAGAAAUAAAGUAAAACAAUAUAAAUCCUUAGCCUUAGUAUCAAUAUGGGGAAUGCAAAUGAAAAUAAGGACUUACUAUUCUAAUCUCAUCGUAUUGGAAAAAAUUAGAAUUUCUAAAUACUGCGUAUCAUCCUAGUAUGGGGGAAAUGGAAACUCUUGUCACUAGGCAGGCAUUUAAAUUGUGCAACCACUUUGGAUAUUGUUUUAUGGUAGUUUGUGCAGUGGAAGGUGAACAUCCCCUGAGACACAGUAAUUGCACUUCUAGAUCAAUACCCUGAAUGUACUCUCUCACUCAGGUGCACAAGAGGUGUAUGAAGUUAUUCUUCAUGGCACUGUUCGUAAUGGUGGCAAAAUGGAAAACCCCUGAAUGUCUAGCGGUAAAGGAAUAGAUAUAUAAAUUGUAAUAUGUUCAUAUGAAUAUAGUAGUGUUUAAAUGAAUGAACUUUAUGCAUUUAUUAACAUGAAUGAAUCAGGAAAACAAAGUUGGAGGGAAAAAUGCAAAUUGUUGAAAGAUAUGGUCAGUAUCAUCCCAUUUAUGUAAGUUUAAAAAUCUAAGUAUUGGUAAUGGGAUAGACAUGUGGUAAAAUAUAAAAAUAGGAACUGGAAGCUCUGUACAUAUUCCCAUAUAUUACAGUAUGAUGAGGCAGGAGUGGAAUAACAUUGGAGUGAGGUGGUUGUGUUUGGGUUACUUUAAUUAUGUUUGCAACAUUUUAUUUUAGGAAAGAUGGAGGAUCAGGAAUAAGUAUGGUAAAAUAACAGUAUUUGUUAAGAUUGGCUGAUGGAUAUAUUGGUUUUCAUUCAUUAUUUUCCAAGUUUUUCUGAAUGCUUGAAAUAUGCAUAUAUUAUAAAAUUUAUGUAAAUUUAUUGUUUUGUGCUGGUCUCAGCAUAUUGAUAGCCAGUGUUGUGGCUGGACCAGCCCUUGUGGUUCUUCUUAUGAUUGCAAGAUGUCCUCAGCAAUAACCAUCACCUAACUUGGGUGGGGGGUAGAUUUAUUACUUACAGAUCCUGGAAAUACAUGGCAUAUACCUGGGGCCACACAGCAAGGUUGCAGGUAGAGAGAGAGGGCACAGGGCUGGGGUUCUAUUUGUAUUGGGAUCAAGGGUGGGGGCCUAGAGUUUCAUGGGCUUACACUUUAUCGGUGCUUUUAAACAUAAAGUGGGAAUUUAAAGCACAGAAAGAGAAAAAUAAAAAAGCAGCCCAAAUAGUCAGUUAUAGCAAUCAAAGAUCUCUAAAACAAAGGAGACUAAGGUGGGGGUUGGGGUGGGGAUUUGGCCUGGCUCUGUAUUUGUGGCUGUCAAUGUGUUUAUUGUGAUAACUUUCUUUGUAGUGGAUGCCUCAGCAAUUAAAUCUCAAGUCAGGCACUUGUAUUAAGAGAGAAAAAAAAAAAGGUCAGGGCUUCCACUACAUUUAUAAAAAUAAG